AUAAGCCACAAAAUUCCCAAGGUAAGUAAAACCUUGGAAAAGCUUAUUUUUGUGGUGGCUGAUCGGAAAAGCUCCCAAAAUGGUCGAAGCGAUAGGUGAUCAGUAUGAUCCAGAGACGUCUGAAGCGAUUGAAGUUGGUUUAAAAGCCAUUGCCACAGUGGACAAGUCGGCGAUUGUUGGCCCAAGUGGAUCAUCAGAAGUUGCUGAUGGUGGAUCGUCGGAAAAUAGCAGUUCCGAAGAUUCUUCAAGUUCAUCUACCGAUGAUGAAAUUUCAGAUAUUUUGAAAUUUGAUGAAAACAUGUACAAGAAAAUAGAAGCGUCACACUCACACUCACAUGUGGACGCCGGAGAAAGUUCUGGAGUUGCCGGAGAAGUAGUGGAAGAAGAAAUAGUCGAGUUAGAAUUCGAGAAGGUGAAACCAAAGCUCUCGACUCAUUCUAUGCAUUGUCCAAACUGCAAGGCUGAAGUUACCAAAGUUAUUCUUCGUCGCAAAGUGAUCACUUUCCGAUCGCCGGAGCCAGCGGUGGUGCCCGUGGAGGAGCCUCAACGUGAUCCUAACGAUCUCGUCGGAUGUUUAUCAUGCUUAAGCUUGUUCACUUGUUCCGGGAAUGGAUGUUUUAACCCGUUUGACAUUUUCCGAAAGAAACCAGACCCGGCUAACGUUCUUCCACCACAGACUACUGUAGAAGGGACGACGGCGACACCUGUGGUUACUGAAAAUGAGAACUGUCUCAGUAUGUUUUUGGUUUUCAAGAAGAAACAAAAGGUGGCGGAAACAGCUGUAGAUCCUCAACAAUCAGAUCCAGUACUUGUUAAUCGAGAAGUCAUAAUUCCCGAUCAAUCAACGCUUCCUAAAUAUGUCACUGGGAAUACUUCGAUCGCAAAAGGUCAACCUUCUGUAGCUUCUCCCCAACCUCCUUCUACAGUCAUUCUUAAAGACAAGGAAGUCACAUCUGUUGUUGACAAUGAUGGAGAGAAGAAAAGGCUACUAGGUGGUAAUCGACUACCUUAUAUUCCUCCAUCAACCAAUGUUCCAGUAGAUGAUGAUACGACAAUUGAUGUUGAGACAGAAGAACCAACUGAAAACGAGGUGGUUAUGGAUGCAGCAGUUGGAGGAAGAAGAACAUGGUUUGGUUAUGAGGGUAUUCUUGCAGAGAUCUUGAAGAGUAUCGUUUAUGGAGGUUUAAUGGAGGUGAUUGCUAGCUUAAGUAUUGUAGCAUCUGCUGCUGCUUCUGAUACUGCUACAUUGAACAUCAUAGCUUUGGCGCUAGCAAGUCUAAUGGGUGGGAUCAUCAUUAUAGGACACAAUCUUUGGGACCUUAGAGACGAUUGCCACAAGGAAACCCCAAACCAACAAACAGAAGGCGGAGGCGGAGCUAUAAACAAGUACAAAGAGUUACUCGGACGGAUCAAUUAUUUCCCACUCCAUGCAUUUUUCGCAAUACUAUCAUUCGUCAUUUUCGGGAUGGUCCCACCGGUUGCAUACGGGUUCACGUUUCAUAAAACAAACGAUAGGGACUUUACAAUGUCGGCGGUUGCAAUCACGUCGCUUUUAUGUGUGUCAUUGUUGGCAAUUUUCAAGGCUUUCAUCAAUGAAUGUGGAGUUUUGGACUACUUUAAGACAGUGGUGUACUACAUUACGACUGCAGUAUCAACAUCCGGUGUUUCUUAUGUAGCUGGGAAUCUGGUUACGAGAUUGGUGACAGAGCUUGGAUUGUUUGACACAAGUUUGGGUGGCGGUAUGUCUCUCCUACCCCAUGCCAGCACCACUUCUUUGGCAUCUUUUUGAUGUAAGCGAAUUGAGAAUGAUAUUGUUUGGGUAAUUUGUAUUUUUUCUGUUAGUAAUUUGAAUCAUUAUCCACUAUUUAUUUCUUGUUUUGCACAAAAACCGUUUAUAAGUUGCAAAAACCGAAUGAUGUUUAAUGUAACAUACCUAUAUUGGGUUCUUUUAUAUUAAAUUGUACAAGCUUAACAGA